AUGGACCAUGCUGAGGUGUACAUCCAGCACACAGAGCUUACAACUCCACUGCUGAGCAUUCUCCGUGCGGUGCAGCGGUCGCGGGCGGUGCAUGCCAAGAACGUCCUGGCGGCACUGGAUGUGCUGUACGAAGUGCUUGUAGACGUGCUCGGCUCGGUCGUAGCCGUGAAGACCAAGGAGCCUGCCGUGGAGCGGCUGGUUCAGUGGCUCUCGCUCUUCCUCGCCGAGCUCGGCAACGAUGGCCUCGUCCUCGCCAUUUUGGCGCGCUUUCUCCCGCUCUCCACAGCCGCCGCCUCGCACGUCCGCCAGCGGGUCACCCACAUCGUGGGCACCCUCAUCAACACCCUCACCGAGGAGGCUGAGAUCGACGAGGAUUUCUGGGCCGAGAUCACACAGGCCAUGGCCGACAGGCUCAUCGACCGCAUCCCGGCCGUCCGCGCUGCCGCCGUCGUCGCCCUCGAGCGCAUGCAGAUCCUGCCCGAGGACGAGGGCGAUGAGUUUGACGCCGAUGAGGAGGCCAUAGUCCCCUCGCUCGACACUCCGCUCAAGCGCCGCAAGCACGCCUCAGAGUUUAUGGACGCCUCAGGCUUUGACGAUCCCAUCCUCUCCCGCUUUGUCGCCCUCCUCCAGGCCGACUCGUCCAAGCACGUCCGCGCCGCCGUCCUCCACAAGCUCGCACUUGCGCCGUCGACGCUCCCGCUUGUCAUCGAGCGGACUCGCGAUGUUGACGCCAAGGUCCGCAAGGCUGCCUACGCCGUUCUCGCUGCCAAGGUCGACAUGCGUGGGCUCAACAUUGCCCAGCGGGUGACGCUCCUCGACUCGGGCCUUCGCGACCGCGACGACGCCGUCCGCAACGCCGCGCUCUCCAUGAUGUACACUGGGUGGCUCAAGGAGUGCUUCGAGGGUGAUGUGACAGGCUUUCUCGACGCCCUCGACGUCAUCGAGUACGAGGAGAAGCUGGUGCCGGCUCUUGCGGCGCUCUUUGCCCGUGACGCCACCAACGGUAACCCGGCCGACGUGGUCUUCAAGCCGCCGUUUGAGAUGGAGCAGCUGGCCAAGUUUGGCGACGCUCUUGCCCUUACUCCCGAGACCGCCCUCUACUGGCGUGUUCUUGCCAGCUGGGCGCUCAACACUCCACGCAAGGCUGCCGGCGCGCUGGCGGCGAGCCACGAGAUGCUGCUGCCCUCCAUCUCUGACUUUACCUCGCUCAUUUGCGGGUACUACAAUCAAGCGCUCGCCCUCUCGCAGCAGCUCGGCGCACUCGGAGGUGACUCGUCCGGCUCGGAUUCGGACGCCGAGGCCGAUGACGACGUCCGCGAGGCGCUGGAAGAGAACUACGAGGCCAUGGUCUUUGUGACCAAGCAGCUGCUCAUUCUCGGCAAGGAGCUUGACUUUUCCGACGAGGCCGGCCGCCGCAUGCUCUCCUCCUUCCUCCGCCAGCUCUUUGUCGCUACAAUCGACCACGACGAGUCACUCUUCGCCGCCUCGCUCCUCGGCCCGGCCGCUCAGCUCCUGUUCACGGUCCACAGUGACGAGAUCGGCCAGCUGACCGUCGUCACCGGCAUUGUCGGCGACCUUAUGGAGGCGGUGGAGGAGACCGGCGAUCAAGACGCGGUGCUCGAGACCGAGUUUGAGCUCACACCCGAGCUCAAGGAGAAGGAGCGCAAGCUCAAGCUCACCGUCGCCUCCAUCCACGUCAAGUUGCAGGAGGCGGCAGACGCCAAGCGCGCCGCAGUCAGCUGCGAGGACUUUGACGGCGCCGCCGCCGCCAAGGCCACCAUCGACGAGCUGCUUCUUGCCGAGGCCGCCGCCCAGGUUGAGUUUGAGACUGAGGUCGACAGCGCCAAGGCCAAGUUUGUGCGCUCCAACCGCAAGUCCGCCGACGAGCUCGCCCUCGACACCGAGUCGGCCUACUGCCGCGCCCUCGCCGUCGUCAACGAGCUCUACCGCGCUACCGAAGCCACCAUGGAGUCGCCGCUACUGCGGUCGCUGCAGGACACACUGGUCCUUCCGUCGGUGACCUCCCCGGUCCCGGCCGUCCGCGCCGCUGCGCUCCGUGCCGCCGCUACCUCGCUCGUCCUCUACCACGAUGCCCCAGGCUCGCUGGUCUUCCUCUUUGCCCAAGUCCUCCGCAACGACAUGCCUGCGCUGCAGCGCGUUGCCCUCGAGGCGCUCUGUGACGGCAUGCUCAAGUUUGGCGCGCAGCUCGAGUUUAUGGACGAUGUUGAGUCGGAUGAUGAGGCCGACGAGGCUGCGGCCGAUGCGAGCGCCGGCGCUGUGGCAGUGAUUGACCUCGUCCGCCCCUACCUCGAUGAGGAGAGCGUCAAGCUGCGCGGCGCCGCUGUCCGCGGCUUUGCGCGGCUGCUUCUCUUUGCCCGGAUCCCGGCCGACGCCGCCGCAAGCGUUGGCGCCCAAAUGGUCGAGCUGUUCUUCUCGCCGGUCACAGAGACUGACUUUGAAGUCCGGCAGUGCCUCUCGGUCUUCUUCCCGCACUUUGCUGGCUCUGCGGCCGGCAAGGCCGUUCUCCGUGCCGCCGUUGACGGCGCCAUGGCUCGGCUCUUCUCUGCCACCCGCUCGGACCCGGCCAAGUCGAUCUCGCUCUACACCGUCCUCCAGUUUGGUCUCUCGCUGCUGGGCGCUGGCCUUGAGGCCAACUCAGUCCGCGACUUGCACUCGGUUCUUGCCGACGCAUGGCUCAACACCGUUCUCGAGUGGCUCUCCUCCAAGGAGUUUGCUGUCACCAACGUCCGCCGGGCCAAGGCCUGCAUCAAGGACCUCGCCCGCGCCAUCAACCUGCUCGAUGCCCACCCUUCCGCCGAGCUGGCCACCCUCGCCGCCACGGUUGUCGAGGAGCUGGCCGACUCGGAUUGCAACGUUGCGGCGCGGACAGCAGCCAAGGUAGUUGCGCGACUGACGCCCGAGGUCGAGCCUGAGGCCGAGGCCGAGGCCGAGGCCGAAGCCGAAGCCGAGACUGAGGUUCACGAUGCUGAGUCCAAGGCCUCGGACCACGGCGACGAGGAUGCCCAGGAUGAGGGCAAGGACGACGUCGACGCUGUUGAUGCCAAGCGAGCCGAGGUGUCACCUGCCAAGAGCUCGAAGCGGGCCCAGGGCGGAAGGCGGAGCAAGGGCGACACCGUCCUCGCCGAGAUCAACGCCUAGCAAGAGUUUGAGACUCUGCCAUGCUAUGCUGCUCUCUGGUCUGCCGCCUCAGCAGCCGCCAUCACUAACACUGUAAUCUGGUUC